ACGCGAUCCCGCCACGCGGGUCCGGAGCGCCCCGGUGUCCCUGCGCCCCGCCGGCCCCGGUGGUCGUCCGCCCGCCGCUCUCCCGCCAGAACCUCUUCCGGAUUCCCUCGCUCAGCUCCCCCACGAUCCCGUCCGUCUCCCACCCGCUCCCCGUGUCUCUUCCCCACGCCCUGCCCUGCCCACCCUUCGCGCCCCUUCCCGGAGCCCCUCUCCGGUCCGCGGGCGCAGCGCCGCCCCCGCCGCGCACAUCCUCCCGCAGCCCCCGGGCCAUGGCGGCGCUGCGCACCGCGCCCCGGCUCUGCAGCCUCCUCCUGCUGCUGCUGCUGAGCCUGUGCCCCGAGGGGAGCCCACAGACGGUGCUGACAGACGACGAGAUCGAGGAGUUCCUCGAAGGCUUCCUGGAGGAGCUGGAACCCCGGUCCCGGGAGGUGGAGGUGGCGCCGUCCCCUGAGCCCACCCAGCGCGCCCGCAAAUCCCAGGCCGGGGGCAAGCCCGGGGUGGCAGCAGAAGUACCUCCAGAAAAAGCCAAAAACAAAGGGAAGAAAGGGAAGAAGGAGAAAGGCCUCAAGGGGACUAAACAGCCCCUAGAGGGGCCCACCAGGCCACCCAAGAAGGGAAAAGAGAAGCCACCAAAGGCCACCAAGAAGCCCAAGGAAAAGCCACCUAAGGCCACCAAGAAGCCCAAGGAGAAGCCACCAAAGGCCACUAAGAAGCCCAAGGAGAAGCCUCUCAAAGCUACCAAGAAACCCCUGGCAGGAAAAAGACUCACAACUCUGCCCCCGCUAGAAAACCUGGAGUGGCAAGUGCUACUGCCAUCUAACCCUGGCCCGGAGGAGCUGCCCCAGGAGGGAGAGGGAGCCUUCUCAAAUAACUGGCAAGGUCAAGGAGAAACCCAGACGAGAGCCCAGGAGCACCGACCUGAGCCAGAGGAGGAGACCGAGAUGCCCACGCUGGACUACAAUGACCAGAUAGAGCGGGAGGAUUACGAGGACUUUGAGUACAUCCGGCGCCAGAAGCAGCCCAGGCCACCACCUAGCAGGAAGCGGCUCUGGCCAGAGCGCCCCGAAGAGAAGGCCGAGGAGAAGGAGGACCGCAAGGAGGAGAUCGAGCCGCCUCUGAAGCCCCUGCUGCCUCCCGACUAUGGGGAUGGCUACGUGAUCCCCAACUAUGACGGCAUGGACUAUUACUUCCCCCAUCCUCCGCCCCCCAAGCCAGAUGUUGGACUGGAAGUGGAUGAAGAAAAGGAAGAGCUGAAGAAACCCAAAAAGGAAGGAAGUAGCCUCAAGGAGGAGACGGAAGACAAGUGGGCUGUGGAGAGGGGCAAGGACAACAAAGCAGGGCCCCAUCCCGGCGAGGAUGUGGAGGAGUGGGCUCCAGUGGAGAAAGUCAAGUGCCCACCCAUUGGGAUGGAGUCCCAUCGUAUUGAGGACAACCAGAUCCGUGCCUCUUCCAUGCUGCGCCAUGGCCUUGGACCACAGCGGGGCCGGCUCAACAUGCAGGCCGGUGCCAAUGAGGACGACUACUACGAUGGGGCGUGGUGCGCCGAGGACGAGUCGCAGACCCAGUGGAUUGAGGUGGAUACCAGAAGGACAACCCGAUUCACAGGCAUCAUCACCCAGGGCCGCGACUCUACUGUCCAUGACGACUUUGUGACCACCUUCUUCGUGGGCUUCAGCAACGACAGCCAGACGUGGGUGAUGUACACCAACGGCUAUGAGGAAAUGACCUUCCACGGGAACGUGGACAAGGACACGCCUGUACUGAGUGAGCUUCCUGAGCCCGUAGUGGCUCGCUUCAUCCGCAUCUUCCCACUCACUUGGAAUGGUAGCCUGUGCAUGCGCCUGGAGGUGCUGGGCUGCCCUGUCACCCCUGUCCACAGCUACUAUGCACAGAACGAGGUGGUAGCCACUGACGACCUGGACUUCCGGCAUCACAGCUACAAGGACAUGCGUCAGCUGAUGAAGGCGGUGAACGAGGAAUGCCCCACCAUCACCCGCACAUACAGCCUGGGCAAGAGCUCACGAGGGCUAAAGAUCUAUGCCAUGGAGAUCUCAGACAACCCUGGGGAGCAUGAGCUGGGGGAGCCCGAGUUCCGUUACACAGCGGGGAUCCACGGCAAUGAAGUCCUGGGCCGGGAGCUGCUGCUGCUGCUCAUGCAGUACCUUUGCCGCGAGUACCGGGACGGGAACCCUCGAGUGCGCAGCCUGGUGCAGGACACGCGCAUCCACUUGGUGCCCUCGCUGAAUCCUGACGGCUAUGAGGUGGCGGCACAAAUGGGUUCAGAGUUCGGGAAUUGGGCGUUGGGGCUGUGGACUGAGGAGGGCUUUGACAUCUUUGAGGACUUUCCGGAUCUCAACUCUGUGCUCUGGGCAGCUGAGGAGAGGAAAUGGGUCCCCUACCGGGUUCCCAACAAUAACUUGCCCAUCCCUGACCGGUACCUGUCCCCAGAGGCCACGGUGUCCACAGAGGUCCGGGCCAUCAUUGCCUGGAUGGAAAAGAACCCGUUUGUGCUGGGAGCAAACCUGAAUGGUGGCGAGCGGCUCGUGUCCUACCCUUACGACAUGGCGCGGACACCUAGCCAGGAGCAGCUGCUGGCUGCAGCCAUGGCUGCUGCCCGCGGAGAGGACGACGAGGAGACGUCCGAGGCCCAGGAGACCCCAGACCACGCGAUUUUCCGCUGGCUGGCCAUUUCUUACGCCUCGACCCACCUCACCAUGACUGAGCCCUACCAGGGAGGGUGCCAGGCCCAGGACUACACCAGUGGCAUGGGCAUCGUCAAUGGCGCCAAGUGGAAUCCCCGGUCGGGGACAAUCAAUGACUUCAGUUACCUGCAUACCAACUGCCUGGAGCUCUCCAUCUACCUGGGCUGCGACAAGUUCCCCCACGAGAGCGAGCUGCCUCGCGAGUGGGAGAACAACAAGGAAGCGCUGCUCACCUUCAUGGAGCAGGUACACCGUGGCAUCAAGGGUGUGGUGACAGAUGAGCAAGGCGUCCCCAUUGCCAAUGCCACCAUUUCUGUGAAUGGCAUUAACCAUGGUGUGAAGACAGCAAGUAGAGGUGAUUACUGGCGCAUCUUGAACCCAGGUGAGUACCGGGUGACAGCCCAAGCAGAGGGCUACACCUCAAGCGCCAAGACCUGCAAUGUGGACUAUGACAUUGGGGCCACCCAGUGCAACUUCAUCCUGGCUCGCUCCAACUGGAAACGCAUUCGUGAGAUCUUGGCUAUGAAUGGGAACCGGCCCAUCCCCCGCGUCGACCCCUCACGCCCCAUGACCCCCCAGCAGCGGCGCAUGCAGCGGCGGCGCCUGCAGUACCGGCUCCGCCUUCGAGAACAGCUGAGGCGGCAGCGCCUCAACACCACGAGCCCUGCCACGAGCCCUCCUACCCCUACCCCUACUACCACCUCGGCCCCCUUGCCAGGUGUUACCUGGGGGCCUGAGGGCCUUCUGCCCACGUCCACUGUGGGCUGGGAAGGGUCAGAAACUGAGACCUACACAGAGGUGGUGACAGAGCUUGGGACUGAGUUUGAGCUGGAGGAAGAGGAAGACGAGGGGGAGGAGGAAGAGGAGAUGGCCACCAGCCCCACAUUUCCAUUCACAACAGUGGAGACCUACACAGUAAACUUUGGGGAUUUCUGAGAUCAGGGCCCCGAAGCCCCGUCCCAGCUCAAGUUGCAGCAGCACUUUGCAAGCCUGCACUGGCAGAGGCCUGGUGGGCAGCAGGAGGCCGCCGCAACUCCAGAACCAGAUACUUCAGUUCCAGCGCCCAGCUCUGGGCGGGAGCGGGCAAGAAAGCCAAGGUCACACCAAUAAACAAGCUCAUGGCAA